AUGGCUUCCCAUGGCGGAGAGGUGGCUAUUGAGCUCCUCCCUCUCGUUCGAGUCUACAAAGACGGCACCAUCGAGAGAUUAGCAGACCCGCCAUACGUCCCUCCAUCGUCGACCCCGGACAAGGACACUGGCGUCUCCUCCAAAGACAUCGUCAUCUCCUCUAAUGUCUCCGCCAGGCUCUUCCUCCCAAAAGCCACCAGCACCCAGAAGCUCCCUUUGUUGGUGUACUAUCACGGUGGUGGCUUUUGCAUCGAAUCCGCCUUCUCAGCUGUGCACCACCUCUACCUCAACCGUCUCGCUGCUGCUUCCGGAGCUCUCGCCGUCUCCGUUGAGUACCGGAGAGCACCGGAGCACCCCCUCCCCACGGCGUACGAUGACUGCUGGGAAGCUCUUCGCUGGGUGGCGGAACCAACCCAGAGAGACCCGUGGCUGGGCGAGCACGGCGACUUUGGUCGGAUUUUCAUUGGAGGCGACAGCGCCGGCGCCAACAUUGUCCACAACAUUUUGAUGCGUGUAAGCAUGGAGGAACUCCCCGGUGGACUGAAACUCGCCGGAGCUUUCCUCACCCACCCAUACUUCUUCGGGUCUGAGCCGAUCGGCUCAGAACCCAAACAUGGUUUGGAACAAUUACUGCCAUACAGGUGA